AUGUUGGAACCAGUCUCCUUUUCUCCAUUUCCAGGAUUCCUUCUGGUAGAAAUCAUGGACAAUGGGAACACCACAUCUGAUUUCAUUUUGCUGGGCCUGCUUAACCACACCAGAGCACACCAAGUCCUCUUUGGGAUGAUUCUAACUAUCUCCUUCACCUCCCUAGCAGGCAAUGCCCUCUUGAUUCUUCUCAUCCACCGGGACCACCGGCUCCACACACCCAUGUACUUCCUCCUCAGCCAGCUCUCACUCAUGGACCUGUUGCUCAUUUCCACCAUUGUGCCAAAAAUGACAGCUGAUUAUCUGACUGGCAAAAAGUCCAUCCCCUUCUUUGGGUGCGGUUUGCAGAUCUUCUUCUACCUCACUCUGGGUGGUGGAGAGUGCUUCCUCCUGGCAGCCAUGUCCUAUGAUCGCUAUGUGGCUGUGUGCCACCCACUGAGAUACUCUGUUCUCAUGAGCUGGCCAUUGUGUCUGAGAAUGACUUUGGGGUCCUUGCUCUUGGGGGCAGCUGAUGGCCUCAUGCAGGCUGUGGCUACUCUGAGCUACCCAUUCUGCGGUAGACGUGAGAUAGAUCAUUUCUUCUGUGAGGCUCCCGCAGUACUGCGUUUGGCCUGUGUCAAUACGUCUGUCUUUGGGUAUCUCAUGUACAUCUGCUGUGUGUUGAUGAUUGUGAUUCCCCUUUCCCUCAUCCUGACUUCCUACGGUCUCAUCCUUGCUGCUGUGCUCCGCAUGCCUUCCAAAGACGCCCGCAAGAAGGCCUUUGCCACCUGCUCUUCACACGUGGCCGUGGUGGGCCUAUUUUAUGGAGCUACCAUUUUCAAUUACAUGAGACCCAAGUCCUACAGGACAGCUGUUCAUGACAAGGUUGUGUCAGUGUUCUACACUAUCCUGACACCCAUGUUGAACCCCCUCAUCUACAGUCUGAGGAAUAGUGAGGUCAAAGGUGCCCUGAAAAAGUACCUGGCCCCCAGUGCAGCCUUACCUCAUUAA